AUGCAUCCCGUCACAGCAGCUGAUAUACUCAAAACAUCCCGCUUCCAAUCUCCAAAGCCAGCAAGAGACGCUGGUAGAAGCCCCCAUGGCGUACCAAAGCACCAGAGGUCGGCUUCAGCAGGUGCUGGAAGAGCAUGGACCGAAGAAGAGGAGGUGUACCUUGUUCGGUCAAGAAUGCACAAAAUGCCCUAUAAACACAUUGCUUUGCAUCUCCGAAAAACCGAAUUAGCCUGUCGCUUGCAUUAUCAUCAAAUGCUCUAUGGGAGCAACCGCCGCCGACGAAGUGAAUCGAUAUCGUCGAUUGUGAGCUCCUGCACAACUUCGUACGGGACCGAGGAGCAGCCCCAGGAUAAGGAGCAAUUGGUCCCAUCUCCUCCAAGAACACCCCCAAUCGAUCCUUGCUCUCUGCCUUCUUCUGCCUCGAAUUCUCCCCAGUGUUCGCGCCUCCAUGUUCCCAUCCUUCCCAAGCCCGUCUCCCAGCUACACAGUGUUCACGCCGCAAGUUACGGAUACGACAAGUCGAUGCGCCUCGAGGCUUCUUACGCCGAAAAGGACGCCUACAACAAAUUCCACAUCGACAACGCGCGACUCCGCAGCCUCUACGACGCCUACCGCCACUCUUUCUGGUCCCUCAUUGCUUCCGAGUACUCAAAGGACCCCGAGCUCUCGGGCCCCAAGAUCGAGGAGGCUUUCUUCCACAUGGCUUUCACCGACCGCGUUCUCCCCAUGCCCACCCCUCGAUGCAGCCCAAAGAGUAUGACCCCCACGAUUCACGAAGAAGUACCUGAAACCCAGCUUCCCCCACCCGCCCCGACCAGCUUCCGUGCCAUCAAUGAGGCCGAGCAAGGACGACGGGAUUCCAUCGCUUCUACAAAUGCUAGCCAACGGAUAGAAAAAUGCGCUGUUGCUUCUUUACUGAACGGUUGA